AUGCGUUCUGGUGUGCGUGGCAAGUGGUCACUGGGCCUCAAGCUCAAGCCUGGUGACGAUGCUCCAUGGUUGGAUGUGGGUGGCGCAUGGCCAGCUCCAAUCUCGCUUUCCAGAGGCCCACUUUAUGGCCCAAAGCCAUCAAUCGAUUCACCAGUUGACGACGGACUGGGCAUUCGCCCAUCAAAUGGCCACCAGGCCCCGCCACAGCGCCUCAAGUGCCGGCGACGGAGGCACAGGCUCCGCUAUUCGCCAUCACCCGGACCGCUGUGGCCCAGUGGUCUCUCCCCACCCUCAACGCACCAACAUAUGCCUGGACCCUCUUUUGACUUCACUCCUCCACGACCGUCUUCUUAUGCCACCCAAACCGACCAAGCUGGUGGCCUCAACCUUGUCCAGCGUUGCUCAGCCCUUUCAAACAGCGAACCAGCCCGACGCAUACUCUAUCCCAGCCUUCACCCUCACCGCCGCCGAUCCCAUGUCGUCAACAUCUGCUCUCUAGCGCCCGAUACAUUGCCCGUCACAUGCUGGUCGACCACCGAGGUGUUGCUGUCCCUCACGGCGCCUUAUCAAAACGACAAAGAGCUUUGGGCAAUCAACGUCUACCUAUCUAGACAAAAUCGACUCAAACUGCCACCGCGGCUUGCCCGCGGAACGGUCGACGUGGACCAACCCUCCGACGCUCGUUCCCUUCACCCCAUUGUCCCCUCUGACGACCCAUCCACUCCGCCUAGCUAUCGACAAUCUGCCAGCAGCGUCGGCUCAGCACCCAACCCCUCCUCGCCGCUUGGUCGCCCUGGCCGAUCCGCCCAACCAGCUCCGGCUUCGACUGUGAACAUAGAAUCUUCCACUCCAAGACCGGAUCCGCCUUCCGGCUCGGUAUCGCAGGUCCUCGGUAGGCGACGACGCCCGUCUGGCUCUUCUCCGAUACAAGAUCCCAACGACCCUGCCUCUGCCGACAACGAGGCUGCUCUAUCCGACACAUAUUCAUCACCUGGUCGUCGUCGUCCAAAAAGGAGGCGGCGAGUGGGCGAAGACAUGGCGUCAGACGGCAAUUCCGUCCUACAGUCUAAUGGGAGCGGCGCCGCUCGCUCAAAUGGAUCGACUGGUGUUGCUUCUCAGAGGACUGUCUUGCCCAGUGGUGCGACUAACGGGACACACAAAGCAGCGUCUCUAGCUGCUAAUGGCUCAGCAAAUGGAGACAAAGCCUCUACGUCGCUCGUCCGACCCUCAUCAUAUUUCGGACAUAACAGAGAGGAGGUGACUCGAAUUUUGAUCCAAGCAUUGUCAGACAUGGGUUAUCGAGCGGCUGCCGAGAGUGUGAGCGAGGAGAGCGGGUUCAAACUGGAAAAUCCCACGGUAGCAGCCUUUCGGUCAGCUGUGUUGGAAGGCUCAUGGGUUGAAGCGGAAGAUUUGCUGACGGGAGCUACUGUGGCAGGACAGGCUGGCGAGGAUGGCGGUGAUGGAAAUGGGCUUGUACUCGCGCCAGGCUCGGACCGAAAUGUUAUGAGAUUUGCCAUGCGUCAGCAAAAGUUUCUGGAGCUUUUGGAAACCAGAGACACAACUCGGGCACUCCAGGUUCUGAGGGUAGAAUUAACGCCGCUAGACCACGACACCGCAAAAGUGCAUUUUCUUUCCAGCCUCCUAAUGUGUCUUUCAACAGAGGACCUGAUGGCCAAGGCAAACUGGGAUGGAGCAGGGGGACAGUCACGCAAGAGGCUGUUGUCAGAGCUAUCAAGGUGUAUCUCGCCAUCUGUCAUGCUUCCCGAAAAUCGCCUAGCUGUUCUCCUGCACCAGGUCAAGCAGAGUCAGAUCAACUCCUGCCUUUUCCACACCGCGGCAUCGUCGCCUUCGCUGUACGCGGAUCAUCACUGUGACAGGCGAGUCUUCCCCAGAGAUAUCGUGCUGGAGCUCAUCGAAAUGCGAGGAGAGGUGUGGGAGGUGCAAUUUUCUCACGACGGGUCGCAGCUUGCCGCCUGUGGAUCCAGUGACAGUGUCUUUAUAUGGGAGACGUGGUCAUUCCAAGUUGUACACGCCCUCAGCAUGCAGGUUCAAAAAGAUCACCAUUCCGGCGUAGCAAGUAUUGCGUGGAGUCCGGAUGACUCGAUGAUGGUGACCUGUUCGCAGGACCAUUUUGCGCGAUUAUGGGAUACUAAGAAUGGUCAAUUAAUCAAGAAACUGAAACGGUUCGACGAACCUGUCAGUGGGUGCAUCUGGGCGAGUGACAGCAAAUCCUUUGUCCUCGGCACCCUCGAUAACAAACGGAGCAUUUGUACAUUCAACAGUGAGGGCGAAGAGUUGGUCCAGUGGGACAAGAAGCAUCGUGUGCAGGCCAUUGCUGGGUCUCCCGACGGACGGUGGCUUGUAGCGGCGGACAACUUUACCAACAUGUACGUGUACAACGGAAUAACAAGAGCACUGGAGUAUGAACUGGAUUUGGGUGCCCAGCCGAUAUCUCUAGCCAUCAGCCAAGAUUCCCGGCAGCUGCUUGUCAACAAAGGGGACAGCGAGGCGCAGCUCGUCGACUUGUUCACGAGAGCUACGGUACAGAAAUUCCUUGGCCAUAUGACGGACCAGUGCGUCAUCCGCGCUUCCUUCGGCGGAGCCAACGAGAGCUUUGUUAUGAGCGGCAGCGAAGACGGAAAAGUGGUCAUCUGGCACAAGAAUAUAGGGGCUGCUGUCGAGAGGUUGUCCAGUUUUUCCGGCAAGCGGUGCAACUGUGUGGUUUGGAACCCGGCCGAUCCAUACAUGCUCGCCUCAUGUAAUGAUGACGGAAAAGUGCGAAUGUAA